UCGUAUGGAAUGCUCAGGCAAGAAUUCUAUAAAGAAGGAAGGCGAAAAGAAAUUUAUUCAAUGGCAGAUAAAAUAUUGGAAGGUAAAAAGAAAAAGUUGCUAAAAUUAAAGAAGAAUAGCUCUGAGCAAGAAAGUGUAAAAAACAAUGAAACUGUAUGCAAUGAAACAGUUCUGCAAGAAAAUUCUUUUAAUGAAAUAAACUGUAAUACUAUAACAAGAGAUUCAGUCAUAGAUGAAGAAAUGAAAAAAAUUAAGCCAAUAUCUGAAGAUUUAUGUAUGGUUCAAUUAUUUACAGAAUGUCCUUGGAAAAAUAUGGAAGUUUGUAAAAAUGAUUGGCAGCUUAUGAAUAGUGAUAAAGAAAAGCUUCAAUAUGCUGUAUUUUGCAAUUUGUGGGAAAAAGGAUAUUAUAUUACACCAGGAAUCAAAUUUGGAGGUGAUUUUUUGGCUUAUGCAGGAAAUCCAACACUAUACCACGCCUUGUAUAUAAUUGUAUGUGUGCAGUAUGAGGAAACUUUUUCACCACUUAGGUUAAUUGCACUUAGUAGACUAGGAACCCAUGUAAAGAAAACAGCAGUGUUGGCAACUGUAAAACCAUCUGGAAGAGUCGACUAUUUAUCUAUCAAAUGGGAAGGAUCGCGCAAAUUGGAUAAUCCAAUAAAAGAAACUGAUUCAUAAAUGGUGUACUUUUAUUUUUAUUGUGAAAUAAAAAUCAUUGCAAUAUAUCAAAUUUUCAAGUGCAUAUUAUUAAAAUACUGUAUUUUUUUCUGAGGCUAGAAUUUACAA